CUCUUUUAAAGUUCCGGCGGGAUAUUUGUGUCCUGUCAAUAAAGUGGGGUCUCUACGGUUCAGGUCGUUUAUUUAGAAAUGUGCCCCUGACGGAUAAUGUCUGAUCCGGCGUCUCAUACCAAUGAAGAGAACGCAAUGAAUAACGACCUCACGUCAUAUCACGGUAUCGUACCGAAUAAAAAGGACUGCAUCUAUACGAGCUGCUACUGUGAGGAAAACAUUUGGAAGCUUUGCAGGCAUAUAGCUCUACAGAAACCAUGCCCGAUCGAAGAAGUGUACGCCAUUUUUAUUUCAAAUGAGAGCAGGAUGAUACCAUUAUGGAAACAAAAGUCAAGCCGAGGAGAUAAUCCAGUUAUUUGGGAUUACCAUGUUGUUUUACUUCACACUUCCAAUUCUGGUUGUUAUAUAUAUGACUUAGACACUAUUCUGCCAUUUCCCUGCUCCCUGAAGUGCUACAUUGAUGAAGCAUUUAGAUCUGAUGAUUUGAUCAACCCAGCAUUUAAAAGGCAAGUUGACAUUUUACUGUAUUUACUAAUCGCCUGCCAUUUAUUAAAGCCAAAUCCAUCUCUCCAUUUUCUAACCUAUUUAUUCAGUUCAGGGUCCAGUCUGUCACAGGAAACAUUCAAGUUGUAGAUACAUACACAAGAG